UGUGGAGGUAGAUUUGAAGAAGUAUACAUUUCUGCUCCCAUCCGUUUCUUGCACCGAGCGCCUCGAAGGAAGCGGUUUUCCCUCACGUCUAUGAGCAGGCUUCUUCGAGAGGAUUAUCGCUUCUUCCCCACCGUUCACAUUAGGACUUCAAUGUGUUCCCUAGCUCCGUAAUUUGCGGGAUGGCGUAGCUUCGUGCGCCACACCACCCUUUCUUUGCAGUGCAGGAAUAGAGUGCCUGCCCCAUUAUGUGUGCGUUUCGACACGGCUUCAGCUGACAGGAGGGACUAUGGACCAAGACGACUCCAAGGGUCAGCGGGACCUGUUGCGUGCUUGGAUGUUCGCCAGGCCGAGGAUGGGUAUUCCCCGCGUCUCCACGCCGAUGGCUCUGGUAGUCCUGCAGCUCUCCAUGCUGACCGUAGUGAGCUUGGGGAACACCCUUGCAGUUCCGCAGUGCACGAAGACGAGCCCAACGUUUGAUUACAAGUUCAGCGGCUUGGUCGGGCAACAGAACGUAACCGAGAUCUUUUCUCGGAAUUUUACGUUCACCCUGCCAUCCAAGUUCUAUACAUGCGACCGCGUUCCGUUUUCCAGCAUAUCUCCCGGUCAAUACGAUGGCAUAGAAAUCUUCAACACCCCUUUUCAGGGAUAUGCUCAGACAUUCGCCAUGGCCGGAGGCCUCGUCGUUCUGAGAAUGAGGAACGUCUCGAAAGUCGUGCUGUCCGAGGGCUUCUUGUCACAAAUGCCAAAGCUUGCAGUGCUUGAGAUCAGGAGCAGUGGGAUCACUAAGCUGCCGGCGGAUCUAGGAACCCUGUAUAAUCUUGAAAUUCUAGAUUUGUACGACAACCCGAUGCAGAGUCUACGCGGAGACAUUUUCAGGAAGUUAACAAAACUUCUAUUCGUGAACUUAGGCAAGACACGAAUCAGACUUCUUCCACGGCAUGCCUUUGAUCACUUACCUCGUCUCAGAUAUGUAGAAAUUGCAUCAUCGACUCGCCUCCAGCCAGGGCUUAACCUUUGUGCUUUAAGGAACGUUCUAUACAGCUUUGCCGAGUUCGGCAAUACUGCCCGACUGAGCAAACUUACCGUACGGGAUCCAAGCCAGACCACUGGCUCUGCCGACGUGCCAAUAAGCAAGGCAAUAUGUAAUCAAGGAUGCUACAUAUUGCCAGACGCCGCCAUUUGGUGCCUUGCAAACCAAGCCUGUCAGAAGCAGGCGUUUGGAUUCAUUUGUGAAACCACUCCUCAGGUGUACUUGUGCCCUGGAACCAAGCUAAAGCUGGUCGCGCCGCCAACGUUCCCCACCCUAGCACACGGCCAAGCCAAGGUGCAGUGCGCCAAACUGGGUGGCCAAAUCAUCUCCAAGCAGAGCAUCCCGUGCUUGCAAAGCUCCAAUCUGCAGGCGUCCGGGCCCUACUUGCUGCGCUAUCUCGUCGCGGACGCCGCAGCGCCUGCCAAUCUGCUCGCUGAGACUACGGAUAACCAGCAACAUGCUCUCACCGCAGUUCUCCCGUAUCUCUGCGUGGUUCAGUAUGAGUAUCAAUGUCAUACGGGCACAACGUUUGUGACACCGCCGCCCGAACGCACCCGCUACGACUACGCCCUGGCCGGACUCGUGUGCGACUCGCUCGGCGCUCACCUGCCGGACAGGAAUGAGGCCGACUGCGCGAACUCCUUCCUGCUGAGCAACGGCGACCGGGGAACGGCGUGGCUGCGCGACAUGGCAACGCAGGACACUGCAUUCACGACCGCUCCCUUGUCCGCCUCUCUAGCCCAGCCGGUGAAUACCCAACACAGGAUAAUCUGCGAGAAGUCUGUGGCGUCUGACUAUUGCCCAUGGGUCUACCCCAAGGACAGUACAGUAACAUACUCUGCAGGAAGGACACUCAACUCCGCCUUAAAACUCAAAUGCGACAUUGGCUAUGCCUCUGAACACGGCGCUGAUUCCACCUGCACCAGAUACACUGCAAACAGCGGAAAGUGGAGCCCCAGCCUGUUCUGCAAAGCCAUUCUGAACUACUGCCCGCGGGUGACGGCACGCUUUGGUGUUCUAACCCUGCCGCCGCAGUUAACGCUGGGAUCGCUGGCCAGUCUCCGGUGCAAUCCUGGCUACCGGGAUGUGCACGGCACCGUUCUGGCGUGCGUUGCCAAUGCAGUCGCGUUUGGCAAGUGGAACAUCACAGCUCAAUGUGACCGUUACCAUGGAUACUGCCCUGUGCUCGUUGUCGUACACGGCAGCGCUACAUACCACUUCAACCUGGCACUCGGAGACGUUGCCACCGCUAGCUGUAACUAUGGCUACCAAUUUCUGAGCAGCGCCCCAGAUUAUAACCAGGCCACCUGUCAAGCUCACAACCACACAAGUGGCGCCUGGAGCAAGGUGCCAAUUUGCCAAGUCAUCACGUCAUACUGCACAAACCUGCAGUUCUCUAACGGCCGCAUGACUGCACAGCAUGGCGGCAAGGUUGGGCACUCCGAGAUUCUGCACUGUGACGUCGGCUACACUUCAAACGCUGCGCCAACGUACACGUGCCAUGCCGCUACCGAAUCCACGGGCCGUUGGUAUGGCACUGCCGAAUGUCGCAAAUCAACCGACUACUGUCCGAUAUGGACAAUCACCAACGGUCAAAUUGUGUACUAUGACAAUCGUAAGCUCGGCACCACAGCUAAGAUCACCUGUGAUGAAGGCUACAUACCAUUGGCCGGUGUCUAUUUCAUCUGCUUGCUGGACGUGGUAAGCCAAGGCCGGUGGAACGCAACAGCUAAGUGCAUUGUUGAUAACAACUACUGCACUCGCCACGGCGCCAUUCCCAAUGGUCAUGUGACGUACGCCACGACGCUGCACAGAGGCUCGGUGGCCACGCUGGUCUGUGACUAUGGUUACGAUGCAGCAGAUGCAUACCGGUUGCAGUGCAUCACGAAAGUGUCGCGGGCGGGCGAGUGGAGCCCUGCCGCAGGAUGCAUAAAAUUGUCCAACUACUGUCCCCGUCUGCAAGUCUCCAACGGACUGUUGACAAACGCAGAUGCUCGGAAGCUCGGCGCGCAAGUGACGCUGUCGUGUGUCAUAGGCUAUACACCGAAGUAUGGAACCAACUUUGCUUGUGUUGCUCAUAACGGAACCGUGGGCAAGUGGAACGCCACUGCGUGGUGCCAGUUGCUCUCUGAAUACUGCCCUGCGCUCAACAUCAGUAAUGGCAAUAUUACCUAUCAUGGCAAUCGGACGCUCGGCGAUAAGCUGACGUUGACGUGUGACGAAGGCCUUGUGCCACUGAACGGCACCAGCUUUACCUGUCUCCGUGACAACAACACGGCGGGCAAGUGGGAGGAGACGAUGGCCUGCGUGCUUGACAGUAAUUAUUGUUCAGACAUCAGCAACGUUUCCCAUGGCUACUUGAUGUAUACCGGCGGAAACACUCCCACCCUGGGGAUCACUGCGCUCAAUGCCACACUCAACACCACACUCAACGCCACACCACCCUCCUCAAUGCUGCCCUCCUCAACACCACAAUCCCCAACACCAUCCUCCUCAACACCACCCUCCUCAACAUCACCCUCCUCAACGCCACUCUCCUCAACAUCACCCUCCUCAACACCACACUCCUCAACACCACCCUCCUCAACAUCACCCUCCUCAACACCACCCUCCUCAACAUCACCCUCCUCAACAUCACCCUCCUCAACACCACCCUCCUCAACAUCACCCUCCUCAACAUCACCCUCCUCAACACCACACUCCUCAACACCACAAUCCCCAACACCAUCCUCUUCAACACCACACUCCUCAACACCACACUACACAACACCACUCUCCUCAAAACCACCCUCCUCAACAUCACCCUCCUCUACAUCACCCUCCUCAACACCACCCUCCUCAACACCACACUCCUCAACAUCACCCUCCUCAACAUCAUCCUCCUCAACAUCCUCCUCCUCAACAUCACCCUGCUCAACAUCACCCUCCUCAACAUCACCCUCCUCAACAUCACCCUCCUCAACAUCACCCUCCUCAACAUCACCCUCCUCAACAUCACCCUCCUUAACAUCACCCUCCUCAACACCACCCUCCUCAACACCACACUCCUCAACAUCACCCUCCUCAACAUCCUCCUCCUCAACAUCACCCUCCUCAACAUCACCCUCCUCAACAUCACCCUCCUCAACAUCACCCUCCUCAACAUCACCCUCCUCAACAUCACCCUCCUCAACAUCACCCUCCUCAACAUCACCCUCCUCAACAUCACCCUCCUCAACACCACACUCCUCAACACCACCCUCCUCAACACCACCCUCCUCAACAUCACCCUCCUCAACAUUACCCUCCUCAACACCACCCUCCUCAACAUCACCCUCCUCAACAUCACCCUCCUCAACAUCACCCUCCUCAACACCACACUCCUCAACGCCACUCUCCUCAACACCACUCUCCUCAACACCACAAUCCCCAACAUCACCCUCCUCAACAUCACCCUCCUCAACACCACACUCCUCAACACCAAACUCCUCAACACCACCCUCCUCAACACCACACUCCUCAACAUCACCCUCCUCAACACCACCCUCCUCAACAUCACCCUCCUCAACAUCACCCUCCUCAACAUCACCCUCCUCAACAUCACCCUCCUCAACAUCACCCUCCUCAACACCACCCUCCUCAACGCCACCCUCCUCAACACCACCCUCCUCAACAUCACCCUCCUCAACACCACAAUCCCCAACAUCACCCUCCUCAACAUCACCCUCCUCAACAUCACCCUCCUCAACAUCACCCUCCUCAACACCACACUCCUCAACACCACACUCCUCAACAUCACCCUCCUCAACAUCACCCUCCUCAACAUCACCCUCCUCAACACCACCCUCCUCAACGCCACCCUCCUCAACGCCACCCUCCUCAACACCACCCUCCUCAACAUCACCCUCCUCAACACCACCCUCCUCAACACCACCCUCCUCAACAUCACCCUCCUCAACAUCACCCUCCUCAACACCACACUCCUCAACACCACAAUCCCCAACACCACAAUCCCCAACACCACUCUCCUCAACACCACAAUCCCCAACACCACCCUCCUCAACGCCACCCUCCUCAACACCACACUCCUCAACACCAUACUACACAACACCACACUCCUCAACACCACUCUCCUCAACACCACUUUCCUCAACACCACCCUCCUCAAUGCCACCCUCCUCAACACCACACUCCUCAACACCACCCUCCUCAACGCCACACUACACAACACCACACAAUACCAUGCUCAAGAACACACGCACAUUGGGUGCUAUGGCAACACUCUCCUGCCAAGAUGGCUACAGGAUUGCAGGCAGCAGUGGUCACUUGGUAUGCGUCACGGAAUCACCGAGAGUGGGAAAGUGGAACGACACCAACGCUUGCACUGCCAUCCAGCAAUACUGUGAUUUGCCUGUGAAGCACAAUGGCGCCAUCGUCAACACCAGCAAGCUGGUCGUUGGCGACGUGCUGGAGUUCAACUGCAGCUUCGGAUACUCAGCCAGCAACGGAACGCACCAGGCGUGUCUGCCGUUCAACCAGACGGUCGGGGUGUGGAACAUAACGUCCAACUGCGUAGCGAUUCCCGGCUACUGCUCUCAGCUACUGGUCCAGAACGGCAGCAUUGCGAACGGCACAGGGGCAUACUUGGGGACGAUGGCACUGCUCGCAUGCGACGUAGGCUUCAUUCCAGCCGACGGCGUCACAAACUUCACAUGCAAUGCUCUGGAUGAGGUGCAUGGCAACUGGAGCAGAUUGCCAUCGUGCGAACUGGUGCACAGCUACUGCCCGACGCCUAACAACAUCUCCUACGGCUCGGUGCAGUACUCAAUGAACGGCACUGUACUGUCCACGGCUGGUCUACGCUGUAACCAUGGCUACAGGCCGGUGAACGGGUCAACGUUCUUUUGCAUCGCAGUGACCAAUGUCACGGGCCACUGGAAUGGAACUAUUGAAUGCCGAGCAUACUGUCCCGAGAUGGUGGUGCCGCAUGGCAAUGUUAGCCAUGCGCCAGACACGGUGCCCGGAACAAGCACUCUGCUCACGUGCCAGACGGGCUACAAGCCUGUGAACGGAACGGUCGUGCACACGUGCGUGCCGCUGAAUAGCACACACUCGCAACUUGACGGUCCGCCAACCUGCACAUAUAUUGAUGAGUUCUGCGCCAACAUCUCCAUCGCCAAUGGCAGUUACACGUACACGGACAGGGGGCGUCUCGGCUCAUCGGCACAUCUCAGCUGUAAUUCGGGUUACUUGCGCGGCCACGAGGAGAGUGCUCGUUGCGUGGCAUCAAUCAGCAAUAUUGGCAACUGGAGCAAGCCCAGCACAUGUGAAGAGAAUACCAACUAUUGUCCCACGCUAAGGAUCCGUAAUGGCAUCGUGCUAUACGACGAAGGACGGUUGCUGGGAGGCAAGACCAGGUUUAAGUGCAAUAUCGGCUACAGGUCGCCCUCCGGUGCCACGUGUAUGGAAGGCAGCCAGCUGAAUGGCUGGUGGAAUGUUACAGGUCAAUGUAAACUGAUCCUGGACUAUUGUGGCAAGGAUCUGUCCGACAAGCAUGGUGACUUUGAAUACAGAAACGGUGGACAUCUGGAUGCAGUUGCUUUCCUGCGCUGCCGGUCGGGAUUCUUCCCGUCCGCGCAGCCACGCUUCGUAUGCUCGGUGGGGCCAACGCUGACCGGGGUCUGGAACGGGAAAGCAGUCUGCGAAGCGCUAGGCAGCAAGGACCAACAGGACAGUCUGAUUGUUAUGCUGCCCAGUGUCCUGGCAGCAAUGUGCCUGAUGGGCAUCACCAUUGCACUUGCCUACAAAUGCUCCAAAUACCUGAGAGAGAAGCGGCGCAGUCGACGCCUCAGCGCAGUAUACAAGAUUUGGAACAUGUCCUUCCGCAAAGCUGGUGGCACCGAACGCGGUGGCAAAGAGCUCUUGAACGCGGACUCGAACACGGACGGAGAUCACCUGAGAGCGGACACGUACAGCCUGGCCGAGGAGGACCAUGACCUCUGGUCCCCCACGUACAUGCACAUGGGACGGUAUCCGGACGACGACCAGGAGGACAUCUACCUGCAAAGCAUGUCCGGUGGUCGGGAUGGCAAUUACGGUGAUGACAUCAUCUAUACGGAGGGAGCGGCGGAGUACGACGCGUUCAAGAAGAAGAAGAACUCCGCAGCCGGGUAUGACGCGUUCAAGAAGAAGAAGAAGCGCAGACCGCGUGCUCCCGACAUCUACGAGAAGAUUCGCCGCACGAUCAAGGGCAAACAGAGCGUCGAAUCCCAAUACGCUAUGCCUAGCCGCGGGAAUCGACGCAAACGUGGUGGCCAAGGUGACGCUGCUGCUGGUGGAGAGAAGGAGGACGCGGACGGACAAGAAGAAAAGCCGAGCAGUAGAUUGGUGAUCACCGGUGAGGACGGCGCUGUUAUUGAUGAUUUCUGUGACAGCUAUGACAUGCAUAGUCAAUGUGUGUCGCUAUCGGGCGACGAGGAAUCUCUACAUUCAGCGUCCAUGCUGGACCAGGGGGAGUUCCUGUCAGCGAGUGCCCAACAAGGAUCAACAAGUCUGGACUCGGACUCCAUUGACUUGGAACUGCUGAGCCAGACGGAUUCCCUGGACGAGUACGAUGAGAAUGCGUAUGGCACGCACGGUUCUUACAUCCACCAUACUGAUUCGCUGCAGACGGCCGUCGGGGACUUCUACAAACAAGGUGAUUCCGGAAGAAAUGAGCGUUGGAACAUACCACCGCUGGGGAGCAUGUCUAGUCUCCCGGAGAUGCCCGACUUGGAAGAAGCUGAUCAGUACUGUGAUAUGAGUGCGAGUGGCUCAAUGUUCUCACUGGCUCCCAAACAAUCAGGUACAUCCACCGGACUUUCAAGCCUCGACGAGCUUCCUCCCCCGUUCCUGGACGGAAUCGAUGAAGGCGACUCGUUGUAUGCUGGCGUCAGUGCAGAUGUGAACAUCAACCGUAUCCGUAGCAACCAGAGUAUGCACAAUUUGAGGCAAGACAGUGGAGGGUUAGCCGACGGCUCGACGGUCUCGGUUUCCGUCAAGCCGUCCAAUCAGAGCAUAGCGUCGUGGUCGUCGCAGCUGCAGAACCUGGAGGGCCUGCCGCCGCCGCCGUGUUUCGAUGGCCUUGAUACCGUGUGCGAGCAGGACACUUACAACACUGCGUACGGUCUUUGCACUGCGGAUGGACGUGAGCCAGGCGUGCCGGGAACACCGCACCACGAUACUGGUGAAACGGAGGAGCACUAUGAUGAUCUGUAUGGCAGGGCAUCCAACACGAACUUGGCUGUGACUGGCCUUGCGCCCUUCGACCAACAGGAUUUGUCCGGUAUGCCUCCACCGAUGGUGGACGACACGUACGACUCAAACUAUGGUUAUCAACCUCGUUUUGACCCAGAUGGUGUAACUGCCCCGGGAGAUGAUGCCCCAGAUGGGCACGCCCCGGGAGAAACGACCCAUCGAACAGAUAUAGGGGCGCAACGUCAAGACGGCGGAACUGACCAGGUAGAAAAUAUCCCUGGUGCAUUCACACCGACGGAAAUAGUUGUCCAUGAUGAUGUCCUGGACGGAGAGAACGAGUCGAAGCAACCGCUUACGGGUAGCCAAGGUGACGAAACAGGUCAAGAAGAUGAAGAUGACGGGUACAGACUGGUGAAGUUUAGCAAUGUACUGCCUUUGUCGUCCACGCCCAGGCACAAGAAGUCCGUCAUCAAACGCAACACGCGCGUCAAAGCGGCGCGUGCCACCAGCUCUAGUUUCAAAGAUGAUGGGCAAGUGGCGGCGUCCACUGCGGACGGCAGUGGACCCCAGGACGUUCAACCACAGAUGCCCAUGCCAACUGUUGAAAUCAAGUUUGGUGACGGUGAGGACACAAUUGCCGACACUGCAGCUCCAACACUUGGCACUGCGGAAGGUGACGGCGACAAGACCGACAACGAUGGAGAUGAAGUAGGCUACUCAAUGGUCGUGUUCAACCAGGCUUUGGCGAAACCAAAACACAAGAAAUCCGUCAUCAAGCGGAACACGCGCACCAAAGCUUCGCGUGCAAGCAGCAUAAAUUUGGUAGAAGAUGACCAUGAGGCAUCGUCCACUGCGGGAGGCAGUGAGGCUGGACAGCAAACAUCAUCAUCAUCUUCUGCGGACAGCGGUGUAGCUCUCCGAAGUGACCAGGGGAAGGAAAGCAACGAUACACAAUCAUCGCCAGCGACAGCAUUGAUCACCAGUGACGUCUCGGUGCAGGUAUCUGCUAGUGAUGCUGAUGAUGCAGGCAAUACCGAGGGAGGAGGAAAUACUGAGGGAGGAGACAAUGAAGAGGUUGGCUAUAGCAGGGUCGUGGUAAACACAGUCCUGCCACCAUCAUCCGGCCUCAAACAUAGGAAACCGGUGAAAAAGCGUAAUGCUCGCACGCCAGCCAAGUCCGUGUCCGAUCCGAGCAAAGCUGAAGAAGAGCAAGGCGAGCCGCCAUCCUUUGCCACGACAACAAGUACCGCCGGUGAUCAUGCAACAGGUUCUGACGUUCAGGCGCAGAUGCCCAUGCCCACAGUUGAAAUAGAGUUUGGUGAUGGUGCGGAUGCAGCUGCUGACAACACCGACCAUCCAGCAGACACCACAGCUUCAGCGUGUGGCACUGCGCAAGGCGACGACGACAAAACUGAUAACAAUGGCGAUGAAACUGGCUACUCCAUGGUCGUGUUCAACCAGGUUAUGUCGGCACCGAGACACAAGAAGUCUGUCAUCAAGCGAAACACUCGGGUCAAGAGUAUGAUGUCCACGGAGGCGAAGAGUAUAGAUGAAGUAUUGGACGAACGUCCUCCAGCACCAAUUGGCGCGGAUGACAUGCCAAGUAAGAGUAUAGUAGAAGAUAAUGAAUUCCCCCCACCGCCCCCAUGAAAUCAACUUUCAAAAUAAUAACUAUGUGUUUUAUAUAAGGACAUCCGGCACACCCGAUAGCACCUUCCCCCCCCCUCCCCCUGCCCUGGCCCCCAACACACCCAUUUCAUAAUAAGAUCACACUUAUCAUGUGACGUGUGCUGGAAUCAUUGCACUCUGUCAAGUGAUCACUACCUCUCCGCUAGAGACAUAAUCCACAUGACAUGAUGUUAUGUCACACGAAGUAAUCCCGUGUCACAUAACGGACUUCAUGCGAUCGCUGUACGCUCAUUCAUGACACACACACCUCCACUUCUUUUCUUUGGGCAAGCCAAACUCCUUCCCCAACCUGUUUUCCCGUUUUACCUGCCUUUUCCUGAUCAUAUUUUCUGUCAUACCACACACCCUAGGUUGGCUAUUUUUCUCACCUUAUCUCUCUUCAAGUCCUAAAGUGUGUCAGUCUCUCCUCUAGGCUGAAUUGACUGGGUGAAUUCUCGAUGGUAUAUUUUAUAGUGUGAAUACACUUCCCGAUUGUGAU